UCGGCGAGGACGGAAAAAAAUUCGGCGAGCGAAGCGAGUGGACGAGCGCCAAACUGAAGAACUUGUUCGGGCUCGCCGGGAGCCUGUUCGCGGGCUAGCUCCGAAGCGAUGAGACUGAGACUAGCUGCUUUCCAAACACCAGACAGGUCCAUUGACUAUAUUAAAGACCUGCCAUUAAGAUUUUGUUACCAUGGUUCCGUGACUUUCCCUUUCCGAUGUCAUUUCUCCGCAUUUGUACUGAAUGGACUGCGUUUUUAUUAGUUUUUUAUUUAAUUGCUUCGGUUUGCUGUUUCAGACCGUUGCCGACUGUGUUGAACAUUACUACAUGACCAAGCCGUUUUACUUUGACUUUCAUGAGGUAAGUGAGAAUUAGUGGGUCCUAGCACGCUUCAGUUAUAUGGAUUGAAAACAGUCAGAUCAGUCGAGCAUGUGGUGGUGUAGUAGUUUAGUCAUGCUCACCACAGCAAACAGGAUCUUAAGUUCCUCUCAGGGAUUCUUUUGAAUAUUUCUGACAAGAACCCCCAACCUUUUUACAUGGCAGUUUCCCCCGGACCAUUAUACCAUAUUUAUAAAUACCCUCUUGCGCAGUUGUCUUUGCUUUAUUGCUCUCCAAUAUAUUUUUUUAAAUUUUCAAGAAUUUUUCUCUCGACUUAUUGACUUUGUGUUGUGGUUACUCAGUGGAAAGCUCACGAAAAGGCCAAAGACGAGGGUUUGGAGCCUUCAUCCAAGGAGCACGAAGGAACUCAAUCUACAAUUCUGUCUGAACCCCAAGCAAGCUCUGCGGCGCGCGAGCUCCUAGACGAAACAGAAAACGAGGACCUAGAGGAGCCUACGAAGCCUGAAAUAAUAACAAUAGACUGAUACCAUUUCAAUUAUAUAAUCAGCUAAUAAUUCUUACUCUAAGAGGAUCACGAAUAAAAACGCCGAGAAACAUCAUUUUUGCGGACUUUCUUUUUUACUGGUACAGGGGAGGGGAGGGGAGAUAAAUGUGACACCGGAUUACAGCGGAUGAUGCAAUCGAUCCAGCCCAGUCCUUUUCCAUCUAAUGAUGAGUCGCCUUGUUGGUUUCGUCAGGAUAUUUUCGUCAAAGCAGUUAUUACCUUUCAGAACAUCGUGUUUGUCUCGUUAUUUUACGUCCAAAAUGCCGAUAGCAGCUGUCAGAAGUGUAGAGGAAGAAGACUUUUUGACGAUUUCCUUCUCUUAUGAAGGAAAACAACGGAAAAUGCAACGAAGCAAGGGUGAGAUCUUGUCGAAGGCGUUGACGAGGAUAGAGCUUUCUUCAAAGAAGAAAGCGAAAAAGGCGAAGAAGAACGUUGAAUGCAACGAAAAUGGUGAUUCCGAGGAAGGAAAUGCAACUCUUUGGUUUAACGGUGAACUAGUCGACUCAAGCCUUACCAACGAGACUGCCUGGAAAGAUGGGGCGACGUUGGAAAUCGGAGCUGAAACAUUCACCGUAGAAGUAAAUCCACCGACAAUUAAAUCUCUGUUACUCCCUGAUAAUAUCAUGUCAGGAUUUCCUGUGAUGCCUCAUCUUGAGCUGGAAUUUGGUGACAAGCAACACUGUCGCUACAAAUGGUACAAAUCAACUAAUGACAGUGAUGAACAAGCAAGUUCUGUCCCGGCCUCUGCCAAAGAAAUUUUAAACUGGGAGGAAGUUGGAAGCGAGUUUCUAUACACUCCCUCAGUAUUAGAUGUUGGCUGUUACCUUAAACUGAGUUGUGCACCGGGAAAUGCCAAGAGAGUCAGUGAUGUGACGUCGGAAAUGACAAGCUCGUUGACUGUAGCAGCAGGUCCAGGAUUUUGUCCCUUUGAUGCGCGUCAUAUGUACACUAAAAAACAAACUGCUGAUUACAGCGCAUUCAGGGUUGUGUCCUACAACAUUCUCGCCGACAAUUAUGCCAAGGACGAGUUUGCUCAAAAAGUUCUGUUUCCUUAUUGUCCACCAUAUGCCAUGGACAUCAGCUAUCGUCAACAGCUGUUACUUAAGGAAAUUCCUGGCUAUAAUGCUGACCUAAUAUGCCUUCAAGAGUGUGGGUUUAAAUUAUUUGAGAAAAAUUUGCAACCAGCUCUUGAGACUAUGGGUUUUGAAGGUCUUAUGAGAUGUAAAGGUGAAGAAGUACCUGAAGGAGAGGCCACCUUUUUCCGAAAGAGCAAGUUUUCAUUGAUCACCCAGCAUGAUAUCGUUUUAAAAGAAGCUCUCCUUAAUGAUCCUGCUCAAGCAGGGGUUUUACAUCACGUGUCACCAAUACCAAUUUUACUGGAAACUUUGACAAAAAGGAAUACAGUUGUACAAUUGUCAAUUCUCAAAGUCCUUGGUUUUGAGAAGCGGUAUCUCUGUGUAGUUAACACACACCUCUACUACAAACCUACUUAUCCUCAUAUAAGAUUGCUUCAGGCCACCAUUAUUUUGAAUCACAUUCAAAAAGUUUUAUCACAGUUUUGCUCAGGAGACACUGAUAAAGGUGUGAAUGUUCAAGCUGGUGCAGACCAUAUAUCUCCCCAGAUACCUAAUGAUGGAAUGCAAGCUCACCCUCAGGUAGCUAUCUUAUUCUGCGGUGAUUUCAACAGUGGCCCAAGAACUGGCCUGGUUGAACUCCUCACAACAGGCCGUGUUGACUCCACUCAUCGUGACUGGACAUUAUGUGAAGACAAGGAGGAACACUGCACAACUCUGUCCAUCAGCCAUGAUCUGGAUCUUUUCUCUGCCUGUGGUUUUCCAGCAUUCACAAACUACACUGGAGGUUUCAAAGGGACUCUAGACUACAUUUUUGCAGAUAAAACGUAUCUAGAAGUCGAAUCUGUUCUUCCUCUACCUAGUGAAGAUGACCUCUCUUCACAUCUGGCUUUGCCAUCCGUUGUCAUGCCGUCAGAUCAUUUAGCUUUAGUCUGUGAUGUUAAGUGGAAAUUGUGAAUAGAGCCCAUCAAUGUUUUAAUUUACAUUGCAUACAGAUUUUUUAUUACCCUGGUCAGAAUUGGUCAACUCCAGUGUAAAGUAAGCAGAAAAAUUAAUAAUUUACUCUAGUCUGCUCGCCUGCCAGGACAUUUUAAAAUAACAGUAAGAGCUGAUUACUUACAUUUGUACCCUCAGUAAUAGUUGUAAGUGCAUUAAGAUUUUUAACGGGUCAAUAAGAACUUUUCUGAAAUUAUUUGUUAUUAUUAUUGACAAUGUAAAUUUGGCACCUUAUGCAUCAGAAAGAAAAGUAAGUAGUGUGUUGAAUAUAAUUUCUGAGAUCCAGGCUAAAUUCCAACCCUGGUUGUGCUGUAAUGGUCCGUCGUUGCAUCCAGUGGAAGUGCUACUGCUCAUAAUUGCUUCAUGCUACCAAGACCAAAGUUAACCAAUUGCAUUGAUGACGAGCAAAGAUGGCAACAAACCUAACCAUUUCACCCUGACUGUCUGAGUCCUAAACACUCAUUUAUGAUUUGGGAUACCAGCCUGUAGAGAUAUAACCACUCUAUCAACUAUAGCCACUUUAUUUACAUUCUGCAUUGUGAUUAGAACUUUGGUGUUGUUGCAUUAAAGUAACCCAGCAAAACUGAAUAUAUUUGUAAGGUAAUGAUAUCUGUAGAUAUGUAGCCAAAAUGCCAACAACCCAUCUAAACUUAAUGAAGUAAAAAUUGCCACAGUAGUUGUAAAGAUGAAUGUCUUCUCAAGAUAGAAAACCUGCAACAAAUUAGUGAUCAUUGUCAUCUCUCUGUACUUUAUUUUCUUAAUGUCAUGGGAAAGUAUGGAAUAAAAGGAUGACAAACGUUUUUUCAAGCUGUCGUUUUAUUGCAGUCUUUUAUCCUUUCACUCCGCUUACUGUGUCCACCUUCUACAAGAGGUAAUCUUUUUAAAAUAGUGUUUGAGAAUGUUGUAAAUGUACUUCUGUUGCAAUUAAAAGAUGUGUUUGCAUCACUUCA